AUGAGACUUUCUAUAGAUUACUCUUCAUCAUCUGAAAGUGAAACUAUAUCAGAUAAUGAUAAUGGCAAAUUACAUGUUUCAACAAAAUCACAGGAAUUACAUGGGUCCAAAAGACCUUUCAAUUUAACCAAAUCGGAUUUAAAGAGGAAAAGAAAGCAACGUAAAACUAAAGGACCUUGGGGAUCCUGGGAUAGCACUACAGAUAAUGAAAGCAUAACCAGUGAAAUAGAUGAAUUAGAAAUUAAAAAUUAUCCAGAUGAGGUUGUUUCUGAGGACUCUGAUAUUGAAGAAAUUUCUGAAUUUUAUGGAUCCUAUUUAAAAGAUUAUAAGGGUAGGUCAUUCUUAACUCCAUCGAAUGAUAUUGAUAUAGACUUACAAAAACCAGCAUUAUCAUUCAAAAGUUACCUACCAAAGAAACAACUUUAUAGAUACAAAGGUCACACCAAUGGUACUACUGAUCUAAAAUUCUUUCCCAAUACAGCACACAUGUUUCUAUCAGGUGGAAAUGAUAAUAUGAUUAGAUUAUGGGAUUUUUAUCAUGACAGGCGGUGUAUUAGAGAUUAUAAGGGUCAUAAAAAAGCCGUAAGAUCGGUGGAUUUCAAUAAUAAUGGUACAGUUUUUUUUAGUUCUUCCUAUGAUCAAACCGUUAAAAUUUGGGACACUGAAACAGGGAAAGUAAAGGCUAAAGUCAAAUGUAAUAGUAUACCUAACGAUGUGAAACCGCGACCUUUGAGCGAUUCUGAGUAUAUUGUCGGUCUUUCAAAUUCAAAAAUUAAUCAUUACGAUCAAAGAGUUUCAUCAAAAAAUGGACUUGUUCAAACUUAUGACCAUCACCAAGGAAGUAUAUUAUGCUUAAAAUAUUUUCCAGAUGGCUCUAAAUUCAUUUCUUCGUCAGAAGAUAAAACUGUAAGGAUAUGGGAAAAUAAAAUAAACAUUCCAAUAAAACAAAUUGCUGAUACAACUCAGCACUCGAUGCCUUACAUGGAUAUUCACCCGGAGGGACACUACUUUUCUACUCAAAGUAUGGAUAAUACUAUAUAUUCAUAUGGUAUGAAACCGAAAUACAAAAGACAAAACAAAAAAGUGUUUAAAGGACAUCAAUCUGUAGGUUAUAAGAUCAGUCUUUCAUUUUCUCCUGAUGGGAGAUAUAUAUGUUCAGGGGAUACAAAUAGUAGAGUAUUUAUUUGGGAUUGGAAAACUACAAAGCUUCUUCGAUGUCUCACGAUAAAUGGCAAUAAACCUAUCACCCAGGUAACCUGGCAUCCACAGGAAACUAGCAAACUAUUAUGCUCAGGAGGAUCGGGUUAUAUAUAUAUAUACGAUUAA